AUGGCUCCCAUCCGCAGCACCACCAGAUCGCCCGCCGUUUCCAUCUACAAGCACGAUGCCGCUUUGGACGCCUCCGUCGGAAAGGACGGUAUCGACUAUACCCGCGUCAACCUCCUCCGCAACACCGCCGUCGCCAAGCUCUACGAGGAUGCUCUCCGCUACGAGCCCGGCACCUCCAUCUCCUCUGCCGGUGCCCUCGUCACCUCCUCAGGAAAGAAGACCGGUCGCUCCCCCCGCGACAAGCGCAUUGUUGAUGAGGAGACCACUACGGAGGACAUCUGGUGGGGCCCUGUCAACACCAAGUUGUCCGAGCAUGCCUUCUUGAUCAACCACGAGCGUGCCGUCGACUACUUGAACACUCGUGAGCGCCUCUACGUCUUUGACGGUUUCGCCGGCUGGGACCCCAAGUACCGCCUGAAGAUUCGCGUUGUCUGCGCCCGUGCCUACCACUCCCUCUUCAUGCACAACAUGUUGAUCCGCCCCACCGAGGAGGAGCUCAAGACCUACGGAGAGCCCGACUUCACCAUCCUCAACGCCGGCGCCUUCCCCGCCAACAGAUACACCACCGGCAUGACCUCCAGCACCUCCGUCUCUAUCAACUUCAAGCUUCGCCAGAUGGUCAUUCUCGGAACCGAGUACGCUGGAGAGAUGAAGAAGGGUGUCUUCACCAUCAUGCACUACCUCAUGCCCAAGGCUGGCGUUCUCUCCCUCCACUCCUCCGCUAACCAGGGACUUCAGGGCGAUACCUCUCUCUUCUUUGGUCUCUCUGGAACCGGCAAGACUACCCUCUCUGCUGACCCCGCCCGUGCCUUGAUUGGUGAUGAUGAGCACGUCUGGACCGACACUGGUGUCUUCAACAUCGAGGGAGGCUGCUACGCCAAGACCAUCGACUUGUCCGCCGAGAAGGAGCCCGAGAUUUUCGGUGCCAUCCGCUUCGGUUCCGUUCUCGAGAACGUUGUCUUUGACGAGGAUACCCGCAUUGUCGACUACUCUGACAAGUCCUUGACCGAGAACACCCGCUGCGCCUACCCCAUCGAGUACAUCCCCAACGCUCUCAUCCCCUGCAUUGGCAAGCAUCCCAAGAACAUUGUCAUGCUCACCUGCGAUGCCCAGGGUGUCCUCCCCCCGGUCUCCAAGUUGACCUCUGCCCAGGCCAUGUACCACUUCAUCUCUGGAUACACCUCCAAGAUGGCCGGUACCGAGGACGGUGUCGUCGAGCCUGAGGCCACCUUCUCUGCCUGCUUCGGUCAGCCCUUCUUGGUCCUCCACCCUACUCAGUACGCCACCAUGCUCGCCCAGAAGAUUGGUGAGCACAAGGCUGAUGUCUGGUUGAUCAACACUGGCUGGAACGGCGGUGCCUACGGAACCGGUAAGCGCAUUGCUUUGAAGUACUCGCGCGCCAUCGUCGAUGCCAUCCACAACGGCGAGCUCAAGAAGGCCGAGUACGUGACCUACCCCAUCUUUGGCCUCGAGAUCCCCAAGGCCGUCACUGGUGUCCCCGCCGAGGUCCUCAACCCCGCCACUGCCUGGCAGGGAACCCCCCAGACCUUCAACGCCACCGUCUCCAAGCUUGCUGCUCUCUUCAACAAGAACUUUGCCAAGUACGCCGAUCAGGCCACCGAGGACGUCAUCGCCGCCGGCCCCAAGCUGUAA